AAAGCACUCGAACUGGGGAAACCGGUUUUUAAUUUUACGUGGAAAAGUGAAUUUGUUGCAAACUGUCGGUAGUCCAACCAGAGAGGCGGUCACUAAUAUGCAAAUGUGGUGUUAUCACAGUCACGUCAGCAGCAGCGGUAGAGCCGCCGUGCCGUGGUCGCCAGCAGGACUAACAACACAGUCACAACUUCGCCGAUAACACUCUCUACUUUGACGUCUGGAGUUACACUUUGAGGUUCGUUUCAGGGACACAAUAUAAUGGAUAUGCUGUAGCUCUGUAGACAGCGAGGCUCAUUGGGACCAGCUUGGAGUUCCAGAGGUGGAGUUCCAGAGGUUCCAGUUACCCUUCGGGCUCUGCCAUGGAUUUCUUUAAUGACCCCAACCUCUUUGUUGGAGGUUUGGAGGGGCUGGACGAGGAUGGCUUCCCCUCAGCACCAUCACUUGUGGAUGAGCUAAACCUCAGUGCUGACUUUGAGCCCCUCCAAGUGGAGCCUCUAGGCCCAGUGAAGCACCAAGACAUGAUGCCACCCAUUUCUACCCAACAAGCCAUGCCCACUUACAGUGAGCAGAUGGGUCACUACAUUGGCAGUAAGGCACAGAAUCCUAUGGGGCAGGCAUUUUCUGGCCCUGGGGGUACAGGUGGUGGAGGCAGUCGUAUGAUUGCAGACCAACAUGGCCAGUACCACAAUGCUGCCAUGAGUCAAGUACCCCAAUCCAAUGGGCUGUUCUGUAACAGUAGCAGUCCAAUGUGGGGCAACCAAAACCAGAAUGGGAAUAUGUAUCACCCCUUAUCUCAACAGCAGCAACAUCAGCAACAACAGCUUUGUCAUCAGCAGCAGCAACAACUGCACAACCAGCAACUUCACAUCAGACAACAAACACAUCAGCAACAACACCACCCAUGUCGUCAUCAACAACAGGAGCAGCAGCACAGAAUGCGGCAGCAGCAGCUGCAACAACAGCAAAGUCAUCAGCAACAGCUGUUAAACCAGCGCCAGCACCAACAAAUUAACACACAGACUAUGUCCCUGCAGCAACAGCAGCAUCACAAUUUCUCCUUUCACCAGGGAGGUCAAUCUCAGAGCCAACAGCAAGUUCACCAUACUCAGCCGCAGGUUCAGCACCAACUAACUGUAGGAGGAGCGAGGUUCCAUUCAAGGGCUCUGCCAAGUAAGUCUUAUUUGGAUAGUCAAAAUGCUUCUCUGAGUGGGACUUGCUUACAACCACAGCAGCAGCAGGGUAGCUACCAGUUGACCAGGGGAGGUCAAGCCUUCUCUGGAUCAGGACCGGAAGACCCUAACCUGCCUUUCCCCAUGCAUUCAUCAUCUAUGGUUCACUCCAUGCCCACGUGCUCAGUCAGUGCCACUGCUUACCAACCAGCUCAGUACCCUGCCUACCCUGGAGAGCCAGAAAUACCCAGUCUCAGUCAGCAGUCUUUGUCCUCAGCCUCAGUGUCUAGACCCGCCACCACCACUGCACCCCUCACUUCUACAGUGCCUGAGCUCUCAGGGACAGUAUGUCAGUUUCCAUCCACAGCAGUUAUGAGUCAGCAGCACACUAGGACGCCAGUUAACCAGGCAGAGGAAUGUCCUUUUCGGGCCCUACGUUGUUCUGGAGAAAUACAGGGAAACUGCAAGUCAUCAGAGAUGUUUGGUGAAUCUAUGUGCUGCUAUCCCAGCAUGGCCAGCCAACUGCCCUCUGAGCAGCCUCAGAGCUGCGGGGCCAUCAACACUAAUGGAUACCAAGCACUGGGAGACAAUCUCCUGCCAUCAGAGGCUCAGGAUGGAGACUUGGAGGGCUUGGAGCCUCCUGACCUCCUGCCUGACCUCCUGCCCCAGCUGGAGGCUGCUCUCAGCCAACAGGAUGAAUCCAACUGUUCCUGGGCCGAUUCCAGCCAAGAGAGGGGAUAUGAGCACAGGAAACCACCACCUGUUGAGUACAAGGAAGAUAAGCCUCGAAAGAACGCUAAUGGUCCCGGUAGCCAGGUACGGGUCCUCAGUCCUCCAAUGAAGAGCAGCUCAUCGUCCUCCUCCUCUUCCUCAUCGUCUUCAUCCUCAUCCAGCUCCUCAUCGGAGAAGAGAGCGCCACGGAGGACACAUCAUCAGAUGGAGUCAAAUCUACUGGACAAGCAGGAGAAGGCCAAUAGGAUAAUAUCAGAGGCUAUUGCUAAGGCACGGCAGCGUGGGGAGAAGAACAUCCCCAGAGUUAUGAGCCCUGAGAGCUUCCCCAGCUCUUCCUCACAGUACAAGACGCACCGUGACCGCAAGCACAAAGGAAACGGCAAGUCACGGCCCAAAGAGAAGGCCUGUAGGAAGGCCUGCAUUGUACCCUCCUCCAAGCCCAGGCAGAAGUCAAAGAUCGGGAAAAUUGUCAUCAAGAUUGGAAAGAAGAAAAAGCUAAAGCCAGAGUCUUCAGAGGAGUCGGAUGAUGACCCCCCCCCUCGACACACUUCUAAAGAUGUCGACUCUAAGAGGCGAUCUAAUCGCCAGGUGAAGAGAAAGAAGUACGCUGAAGAGCUGGAGGCCAGGUUGUCAGAUGAGGAAGUUAAGGUUAUUGUCAAAGCCAAGAAAUCCAACACUGCAGCAUCCAAGCAGCCUGCUGUUCAACUCUUUGUAGAGAAUCCCAGUGAAGAGGAUGCUGCUGUUGUUGACAAAAUCAUGUCCUCUCGUGUCGUCAAGAAGGAGGUCUCUCCAGGAGUGGUGGUCGAAGUGGAGGAGUUUUUUGUAAAAUACAAAAACUACUCCUACCUACACUGUGAGUGGGCUGCAGAGCAGCAACUGGAGAAGGACAAGAGGAUUCAGCAGAAGAUCAAACGUUUUAAGAUGAAACAAGCACAGAGGGCGCUCUUCUUUGCAGAUAUGGAAGAGGAGCCCUUUAACCCUGACUAUGUAGAGGUAGACAGAGUGCUGGAGGUGUCGUAUUGCGAGGACAAAGACACCGGAGAGGAGGUGGUGUACUACCUGGUGAAGUGGUGCUCUCUGCCUUAUGAGGACAGUACCUGGGAGCUAAAGGAUGACGUAGAUCAGAGUAAGAUUGAAGAGUUUGAGCAGCUGCAGGCAGCCAAGCCAGACUCACGUAGGAUGGAGCGGCCCCCGGCCAAUCUAUGGAAGAAGAGGGAGCAGUCGAGGGAAUACAGGAAUGGCAACAGCCUCAGGGACUACCAGCUAGAGGGGGUCAACUGGCUCCUCUUCAACUGGUACAACAGACGAAACUGCAUCCUGGCAGACGAGAUGGGCCUGGGAAAGACCAUCCAGUCCAUCACGUUCCUGGAAGAGAUCCAUCGUGUGGGCAUUAAAGGGCCAUUCCUCAUCAUUGCCCCGCUCUCCACCAUUGCCAACUGGGAGCGUGAGUUCCGUACUUGGACCCAUCUCAAUGUCAUCGUCUACCAUGGAAGCAUGGUCAGCAGGCAGAUGCUCCAACAGUAUGAGAUGUAUUUCAGGGAUGCACAGGGCCGUGUGAUGCGAGGUGCGUACAGGUUCCAGGCUGUUAUCACCACAUUUGAGAUGAUCCUGGGAGGCUGUCCCGAACUCAAUGCCAUAGAGUGGCGCUGUGUUAUCAUCGAUGAGGCCCACCGCCUGAAGAACAAGAACUGCAAGUUGCUAGAGGGUUUCAAGCUCAUGAACUUGGAGCACAAGGUCCUGCUGACAGGUACUCCUCUCCAGAACACAGUGGAGGAGCUCUUCAGCCUGCUCCACUUCCUGGAGCCGGCACGCUUCCCUUCAGAAAACACCUUCAUGCAGGAGUUUGGAGACCUGAAGACUGAGGAGCAGGUACAGAAACUUCAGGGUAUCCUGAAGCCCAUGAUGCUGCGUCGGUUGAAGGAGGACGUGGAGAAGAAGUUGGCCCCUAAAGAGGAAACCAUCAUCGAGGUUGAGCUCACCAACAUUCAAAAGAAGUACUACCGUGCCAUCCUAGAGAAGAACUUCUCUUUCCUGGCUAAGGGAGCUGGCCAGGCAAAUAUGCCCAACCUGGUCAACACCAUGAUGGAGCUGAGAAAGUGCUGCAACCACCCCUACCUCAUCAAAGGGGCAGAAGAGAAGAUCCUAGAGGACUUCAGGGAGGUGUAUAGCCCCACUGCCAUCGACUUUCACCUGCAGGCUAUGGUGCAGUCUGCCGGGAAGCUGGUCCUUAUUGACAAGCUGCUGCCUAAGAUGAAGGCCGGAGGGCAUAAGGUGCUCAUCUUCUCCCAAAUGGUGCGCUGCCUGGACAUCUUGGAAGACUACCUCAUUCAGAGAAGGUACUUGUAUGAGCGGAUAGAUGGACGCGUUCGUGGGAACCUGCGUCAGGCAGCUAUCGACCGCUUCAGUAAGCCAGAAUCGGAACGCUUCGUUUUCCUUCUAUGUACAAGAGCUGGUGGCCUGGGAAUCAACCUCACAGCAGCCGACACCUGCAUCAUCUUUGACUCCGACUGGAACCCGCAGAACGACCUGCAGGCCCAGGCUCGCUGCCAUCGGAUUGGUCAGAACAAGGCAGUGAAGGUGUACCGUCUGAUCACCAGGAAUUCAUAUGAGCGAGAAAUGUUUGAUCGUGCCAGCCUCAAGCUGGGCCUGGACAAGGCAGUGUUGCAGAGCAUGAGUGGCCGAGAUAACAGCCUGGGAGGAGGUGCCGGGGGAGGGGCAGCACAGCAGCAGCUGUCUAAGAAGGAGAUUGAGGAUCUGUUGCGACGUGGUGCAUACGGGGCCAUCAUGGAUGAGGAGGAUGAAGGGGCCAAAUUCUGUGAGGAGGACAUUGACCAGAUCCUCCAGCGCAGGACAAAGACCAUCACCAUUGAGUCUGAGGGACGAGGGUCCACCUUUGCUAAGGCUAGUUUUGUGGCGUCCGGAAACCGCACAGACAUCUCUCUGGAUGACCCCAACUUCUGGGACAAAUGGGCCAAAAAGGCUGACAUUGAUAUGGAUAUGGUCAACGGCAGAAACAGCUUGGUGAUUGACACUCCUCGUGUCAGAAAGCAGACAAGGCCGUUUAGUGCCACCAAGGAUGAGUUGGCAGAGCUUUCAGAGGGCGGCAGCGACAGUGACGACACCAAACCUAAGCUCAGGCGAAACCCCGACCGCCUCAACUGCUAUGGACGCACAGAGUGCUUCAGAGUAGAGAAGAACCUGCUUGUUUAUGGGUGGGGUCGUUGGAAGGAUAUUCUCAACCAUGGCCGUUUUAAGAAGCAACUGACUGAGUGGGAUGUGGAGUCCAUCUGCAGGGCCCUGCUGGCUUACUGCCUGGUCCAUUACCGUGGAGAUGACAAAAUUAAAAGCUUCAUGUGGGACCUGAUCGCCCCCAGUGAGGACGGACGCACCAAGGAGCUGCAGAAUCACCUGGGUUUGUCUGCCCCAGUCCCUCGGGGCAGAAAGGGUAAGAAGGUGAAGACCCAGUCCAGCUCUUUUGACAUCCACAAAGCUGAGUGGCUUAGGAAACAUAACCCAGAGCACAUGCUUCAAGACGAUGGCUACAAGAAACACCUCAAACACCACUGCAACAAGGUGCUGCUCAGGGUCAGAAUGCUCUACUACCUGAAACAAGAGGUGAUAGGAAGCGAAGCCCAGAAGGUGCUAGACGGCGUGGACUCCAGUGAGAUAAAGAUCUGGGUGCCAGACCCUGAUCAUUCGGAGCUGCCAGCCUUGUGGUGGGAUACCAUCUCUGACAAGUGUCUGCUGCUGGGUGUCUAUAAGCAUGGUUAUGAGAAGUACAACACUAUUCGUGCAGACCCUAACCUGUGCUUCAUAGAGCGUGUGGGACGACCAGAUGAGAAGGCCAUCGCUGCCGAACAGAGAGGCAAUGAUUUCAUGGAUGGGGAUGUGGAUGAUCCAGAGUACAAGCCUGCUCCAGCCCUGCUGAAGGACGAUAUGGAGGAUGACGCCUCCUCCCCUGGAGACUUAGUUGUCACUGACAAUGCUGGAGAUACAGUUCCAUUGACAGAAGGUGAAACUGUCUACUGGCCCUCAUCCUCGGUGCUGACAGCCAGGCUGAGGCGUCUGAUCACAGCCUCUCAGCGCUUCACCAAGAGCCGGCAGAUCCUCCACAUCCACCAGUCUCAGUCUCAGUCCCAGUCAACCAUGAUACUGUCUGCCCCACUCUGCCCGCUGCCCCCCACACUCAACGACACCCUCAACCCCAAGAUGGCUGCUAAGAUUGAACGCCAGCAAAGAUGGACCAGGCGAGAAGAGGCUGACUUCUACCGUGUGGUCUCCACCUUUGGUGUUGUUUUUGACCCAAAUCUUGGCCGGUUCGACUGGACCAAGUUCAGGGCCAUGGCUCGGCUGCACAAGAAGACUGACGAGAGCCUGCAGAAAUACCUGUGUGCUUUUACCGCCAUGUGCCGAAGGGUGUGUCGCCUGCCACCCAAAGAGGGAGACUCUGAAGUGGACCCGUCUCUGACGAUCCAGCCCAUCACAGAGGAGCGAGCGUCUCGUACCCUGUACAGAGUAGAGUUGCUUCGCCAGGUGAGGGAACAAGUCCUUCGGCAUUCGUUACUCUUUGAGCGGCUGUCGCUGUGCCAGAUGAGCUCUGAUUUACCCGUCUGGUGGGAAGCUGGUACCCAUGACCGUGACCUGCUAAUUGGUGGUGCCAAGCACGGCGUCAGCCGCACAGAUUACCACAUCCUGAGAGACCCUGAGCUCAGCUUCAUGGCUGCCCAACGCAACUACAGCCAAACAAAAGCUGCACAGCAGCAAUCACGCACAUCCACCCCGCUUCUACACCCUCAGUGCCAGACCACCAGCUCAGUGAUGACAGGCUCGCCACUGCCUCCACCCGCCCAGAGAGACACAGAGCUCUGUGGGGUUGUACCCAAAGUGGAACCAGCCUCAGAGGGGGAGGAGGGCAGGGAGAAGCAGGGGGAGAGUUGGAGCCCUCCUGGAGCACCAGCUACUCCCACAGGUCUGGACGAGAAGCCUGUUUCUGAGACGAGGGACAGUGAGAGGCAGAUGGUGGCGGCACGAACCAAACCUCUCACACCCAACUCCUCUGAGAGGAAACCCAAGAAGGCCAGCAAGAGGGCCCGCAGGGAGGCUAGGCGUGGCUCAGAGUCUGACUCAGAUGGCUCCUCCUCAAGCUCUUCAUCGCGCUCCUCUUCCUCUUCAUCAUCAUCCUCUUCUUCCUCGUCACAUUCCGGGUCCAGCUCCUCCUCCUCUUCAUCGUCUUGCACUUCUGGCUCUUCGUCAUCAUCGUCCUCCUCCUCAUCUUCUUCUGAUGACAGCGAAAGUGAGGGACAGGAAGGGAAGAAGAAAGUGCCUGCAGCAACAAGUGUAAAGGGCUUUGAUGAGGAUAGUGUGGCAUCUCUGAGCACUACACAGGAUGAAACACAGGACACCCACGCGGCUGAGAACGGCAUCACCAACAACUCCUCACAUUCUUUCCAGGGAGGAGGGUACAUGCUCGCUGCAUCCUACUGGCCAAAGGAUCGCGUGAUCAUCAACCGCCUGGACAGCAUCUGCCAGGCAGUGCUAAAGGGCAAGUGGCCAGGAACACGUCGGGUCUACGAGCCUGGAGGUGCAGUGGCCUCCUUCUACACCACCAAGCUGCUGGACAAUGCCAACAGCCUGUGCGAGGACCCCUCUGCCUCACCACAGGGGUCAAAGGUGACCAAGCAUGUUGCAGAAAACAAGGAGUUCUCAGUAAAACUGAACGAUCAGGAAGGAGGUCUGAAGCUAACCUUCCAGAAACAAGGUCUACCUCUGAAGAGGCCCCUGGAGUCAGAGGAGGGCCCCCAGGCCCAGCAGCAGUACCUGGCCCGGCUUCAUGAGCUGCAAAGCGCCUCAGACACAGGCCUGGCUGACAUCACCAAGCCUCAGUGCAGCUUCCAGAGUGUGCCUCCAGAUCUUACCGGUCAGAUGAGGCUGAACGGACUUCUGGAUGGCCAGCCAGUGGUUAAGAGGCGAAGGGGAAGGAGGAAGAACGUGGAGGGGAUGGACCUGCUCUUCAUGAACAAGAGUAGAGUCCCUGCUGUUCCUGAUCAGGUGCCUCCAGGGUGGGGCGGUAUUGGCCAAGUGGGCAUGGCUGUGGCCCCUGUGCCGGGCUUCAGCCAGAGCUCCAGUCAGGCCCCCGCGGACACUGAGAGCAGGGUCCCUGUUAUCAACCUCAAAGAUGGCACCCGGCUUGCUGGGGACGACGCCCCCAGGAGGAAAGAUCUAGAACAGUGGCUAAAAGAGCACCCUGGUUUUGUGGCAGACACGGGAGCCUUUAUUCCUGGGGUAAAUAAGAUGCAGAUGCAGUUCCACUUCCAGGAUGGUCGGCCCAAGCAGAAGAGGCACCGCUGCAGGAACCCCAACAAGAUCGAUGUGAACAGCCUGACAGGAGAGGAAAGGGUCCAGAUCAUCAACAGGAGAAAUGCACGCAAGGUUGGUGGAGCCUUUGCUCCUCCUCUGAAGGAUCUGUGCCGGUUCCUUCAGGAGAACCCCGAGUAUGGAGUGCCACCUGAAUGGGCUGAUGUUGUCAAACAGUCGGGUUACCUCCCAGAGAGUAUGUUUGACAGGAUCCUGACGGGACCCAUCGUUCCUGAGGAGGUGAGCCGGCGUGGACGUCGACCUAAGAACCCUCUGGCCAAGGCGGCGGCGGCAGCAGCAGCAGCACCCAACCCAGCAGCCUCCACCCUUGGUCUGAACCCUCUGCUGGCCAACGGCCUCCUCUCUGGAAUGGACCUGUCCAGCCUGCAGGCCUUCCAGCAAAACCUCCAGAGCUUACAGUCCCUGCAGCUCACCGCAGGCCUGAUGGGGCUGCCGUCUGACGCGAGCAACCUGGCUGCAAGUAACUUAGCUGCCAUGUUUCCCAUGAUGCUGUCUGGUAUGGCUGGAUUGCCAAACCUGCUUGGCAUGAACAGCUUGCUUGGGAAGCCUGCUCAGGAGGGCACCGGAGGCACCGAGGAGAAGGCAAAGGGAACCACCAGCGGUGUAACAGGAGAGCCGUCUGCCUCUAAAGGCCCAUCUCACACCUCAGACACCAAAGGAGAAAGGACAGAGGGCUCAAACGCGACUCCUUCCUCCACUUCCUCUGCCAUCUCCCCACAAAGUGCUUCAGCUGCCUCUGCAGCCUCCAGUCACCCACUGUCUCUUAAUCCCUUGUUACUCUCCGGUAUGCUUUACCCAGGGAUGCUUCUCACUCCAGGCCUUAACCUUCCUGUGUCUGCCACACAGCUGCAGAGCUCAGACAGUGACCCCACCCUUCCUCCUGCAGUCUCCCAGUCAUCGUCGCAGGAGACAGAGCGGCCAGCGGCAGAGAAGGACGGAGAGGAGGAUGACGAGGCUUUAGAAGAGGCUUUGGACGAAGAAGAAGAAGAAGAGGAGGAGGAGUCAGCAGAACAAAAAGAGAACAGUGGCCCUGAAGGUUCGGGGAGAGCCGAGUCAUCUUCAUCAGAGUCUGGGAGCUCUUCUUCCUCAUCGGAUGAUUCAGACUCCAGUGAUGAGGACUGAUCCUACGAAUAUCUAAUUCUAAAUUUAUUUAUGUAUCGCCUAGAAAUGUACACAUAUAUUCACAUAUAUAUGGAUUUUCCAGCACUUAUGUUGCGAUUUCUUUACAUGUAAAUAUAAGAACUAACUAAAAUGUUGUGUAAUAAAGACUACAAAAACCUAAAAAAAAAAAAAAAAAAAAACAGGAAAAACUGACUUCACAAGGUACAGUCUUGUUUUGAGACAUUUUGCAUGUCAGACUUCAGUAGAUUUCUGAACUCUGUGAACUUGUACCACACAAUUAUGUACAAUUGCAACAAAAAAGGCAUUAUUGUAAUUAUGUCAGGAUUUAAUUUUAUUAAAAAAGUGAAACUACAUCAA